UACAUACUUGAAUACAUUUGCAUAUCUUUCGACUCUUUCUGCUGUGUCGACACUUGCACCUAUCCGGAUAGCGUGCCGUGAUCUACUGGGCUACUGCAAACGGCGGCUUCAACAGCAACAUCACUGAUCCUGGGACGGUACCUGACAGAGCCUCGAUCGGCUGAGAGCGAUCAUGGCAACGCCUAUUCGCUUCUGUCCGCGCUGCACACGUUUAACUAUCAUCACCGAUUUCCGAAUCAGCAACCAUCGCAGUUUUUCCUCUUCGGCUCGAGCUUCGAGAUCUGCCGAUCCAAAAGUAAUAGCAGAGGCUUUCCUAAGCAAAUUUUCCAAGGGUCAGACCUUUGUACGAAAGCAGCUACUAGAUGCAAACCAGCUACGACUCUUUUCGCUGACACUAAAUCGGGCACAUCUAUGGCCCAGCUCGGUGUCUUCAUCGACAGAAAUCCUGGAAGAAUCUGAGCCUGUCGCUGGCACUCCUCUUCCACCAUACUAUCAUCUUGCCUAUCUUACCCCUGCCCAGCUACCUGGGACUCUGGGACUGGAUGGAACCGAUGCUUCUUUCAAUCCGGAUGAGCCAUUUACCAGACGGAUGUGGGCUGGUGGAUCGUCUCACUGGCCUGGAGCUGACCCGAGUGCGACUACUCAAUCACUGUUGAGGGUAGGAGAUACUGUCACAGAAGUCACCAAAGUCUUGAGCUGCGAACCCAAAGUCAUUGGCAAAACGGGUGAAGACAUGCUGGUGGUGAGAGUGGAGAAGGAAUUCCGAAACAGCAAAGAUGAGCUUUGCGUGCUGGACCGGCGUAACUGGGUCUUCCGCACAGCAUUGGAUCCAUCAAAGCCCGCGCCGAUAGUGCCAAAACCGGCUGAAUUGUCACAGGCACAGCUCGAUGAGGCUGCUAAGGGCAAACUUGUCCAAGAGUACAAUCGCAGCGAGGCGACACUAUUUCGGAUGUCCGCCUUGACCUUCAAUGCUCAUCGGAUCCACUACGACAAGCCAUGGGCGACCGAGGUGGAAGGACAUAGAAAUGUGGUUGUUCACGGACCCUUAAAUCUCAUUGCCAUGCUUGACUUCUGGAGGGACAACACCAAACAAGCAGGAAAAUCGUCUCAAGAUGGAGUGUAUUACCCUAAAGAGAUCGAGUAUCGAGCCACAAGCCCGGUGUAUGCACGAGAGCUAUAUCGAGUGAUGAUGGAUCAGGAUGCAGUGAACCAGACGAAGGCCGAGAUCAAGGUCGUCAGCAAUGAUGGAACCACGUGCAUGAAAGGGACUGUGACUGGAUGGUAGUCUUCUUGGUCAGCUUGCUAUCAUCGAGAGGACCUUUAUUGGCCUGAGGCAGGCUUCGCCAAUUUGGGAGCGGAGUGUGUAGGAUACUUCAGUGGCUGAGACUUGGGAAGAUCUCACUGACGGUGUUUCCGGGGCCGGAUCUGUUGGGGAAACAAUAGUCGACUCACACCGCUUUUAUAUGUUGAGAUAUACGAACAGAAAGAGACUAAGAGUCUUCAAGAUGCAUGGUGAGACACACAGAAACGUCGUCUUACCAGGAUCCUGCAGCAAGGCUUCGGCUUCGGCUUCCUUAACUUACCCUUUUUACCCCAUG